UUCGAAUCAAAAGUUAUACAUAGAUAUAUUGGAAUUCAUUUAGUUUUUGUUUGAUGGCAGACAUUUUUAUGUUUCAAAUUUAUGUGUAUGAAUUAAUCGAUUAGUUUUAAAUACAUUUGGUGUGUUCUUUGAAAAUGGAGAGCAUUCCAGAAAUAGAUGCGUCACCCACUGUGGACAGCGAAGAUAAACACAACCAUGUUUGUCUAAAAGAACAAAAGGAACAGCAUAAUUUGGAUCGUUCUCAAACCCACCCAAAACAGCUUGUACAAAGUGAGGAAGACGAAGGAUCGUUGUCAGGAUAUGGCUGGUCACACGAUCCUGGUGAGGUCGUACACUAUUCAAAUAGCUCAGAAAGUACAACACUUCCAAAUGGUGCUUCGACAGAAGACGGACACACAUCUGUAAAUACUUCUGGAGAACACCCUGGUCGAAUACUAUCCGAACGGUCUUUAAACCUAGAAAGCUUGUUGGUGCAAGAAAUUUCUGAUAACUCGAUCUUACCAACGCAGAAUGCAGAUAGACAGCCUACUGUUUUAUCCGAGGAUGCAGGAACUUCAACCAACACAUAUGGAUACAAUACAGAGAGAAUUAGCAAGAAGAAAUGGAGAGCAAUUAAAAUAUUUGUUCUUGAGGUAGAACAAACAUUUAUAGCUAGCAAUAAAUGGCUACAGUUCUCAGAGGCAAUUGGAUAUGAUAUGAGUGUUGUAAGGAAGAAGAUUGGUAGCGAACCUAAACAGUUCUACAAACUGUUAAAUGAAUGGUUAAACGUUAUGAAAGAAACUGAACGGAAUCCUAUUUCAUAUCUAAAAUGGGCAUUAGAAGAAGUAGACGAGAAAGACUUAGUCACAAAAUUGACACAGAAAUUUGGCUCAACACAUGAUAUCCAUGAUGACGACAUGGACCAGUUACAGACUCAGCUGACCUCUAGGGAUUUUAGCAUUACAGUUAAGCCAAACACGAAUGAGGGUCAUACUAUUAUUCAAGCUGCAACAGUGGUAAUGGGGGAUAGAAAUGUAGUGACGAAAGCUGAAGGAGAGACAAAGACAGCAAAUGGUUGUGACAGAGAGCUGACUAAGCAAGAUUCAAAAGAAAACCAAAGUCAAGAUUUUGCAAAUAAUCUAUCAUCAAAUGUAGUUGAUGGUCCAGGGGAGACAACCGGCCCUAUCGGUCACUUUGAUGAUGUUUCACCUAUGCAAUGUGGAGUUUCCGGUCUCAUGGUUGAUGGCAAGCAAGUCGUGUCCUCAAAGUUGAAAUAUUCUGCUAUUGUUGGUCAGACAUGUGUCAUUAAAGUCAAUAUUGAUGAUAAAUACAGACAUGAUCAUUUGAUAUGGAGAUGGAAACAGAAUAAAGAAGAGGAGUAUACAAAAGCUGUAUCAAAUUCUGAGAAAUACAACAAAGGAAAUGUGGAGAAUCCUUCCUUAACAAUAAAGUGUGUACAAAAGACAGAUGAAGGGUAUUAUAGGUGUCAAGUUGUAAAUGCUGCAGGAUCUGUCAAUAGUGAAGAUAUAUAUUUGGAAAUACUUGGAGGCAUUCCAACGGCAACUGUGAACGUCGAGGGGAAAGUCAUACGGGGAACAACAGUUAUUCUUCACUGCGAGAUAACAUCAGUACCAGAUUUUACCUCAUUGACAUGGCUCAAAAAUGGAGAUGCAAUUACAAUGACCAUUAAUAAUACCAAAUAUAAUGGUGGUACAAAUCACAAACCAGCAUUGACAAUACAUAAUGUUGAUGAUACUGAUAAAGCAGUUUACACAUGUGAGGUGACAAACUUAGCUGGAACAGGAACCAGUAACUCAGUUACUUUGAAUAUUAUAAAUAAACCAACAGUGCGAAUCGACGGGGCUGCUCUAGUCUUGACGGGAAGGACCACAACAAUUGGUUGUACUGUUUCAUCUCAAGAAUCAGUUUCUGAGUUGAAUUGGUUCAAAGAUGAAGAAAAAUUACAACUGGCAUUGAACAGUUCCAAGUAUGGUGGCGGUAUCAUUCAAACACCGUCUCUUAUAAUACGUAAUGUUAACGUUCGAGAUAACGCUUCCUAUAGAUGCGAAGCUACAAACAUUGCUGGAACAGGUCAGAGUAAAGUUGUACAUUUAGAUGUGGCAGGCAAACCUACGAUCCAUCUAUCAUACAAGUCCACUGUAUUACGGGGAAACAAAUCAAUGAUUGACUGUUUUGUUACUUCGAAAAUUCAAAUCACAUCUAUACAGUGGUGUAAAGAUGGUAAACGAAUUAUGCCUACAUCGGCGUUGUUCAGUGGAGGUUCGAUCGAAGAUCCAUCGUUAACACUCAACAACUUCAGCAAACAUCAUGAAGGAACAUACGUAUGUGAAGUAUCUAAUGACGCUGGAACAGUAUCUAGUGAUGAUGCUAUUAUUAAAAUAGGAGAUAUGCCAGUAAUAUCGCUUCCAUCAUUAAACUAUACGGUUAAAGCGGCUGGUUUCGUCACAUUAAGAUGUCACAUUGCGGGAAAUCCUAAACCCGAAAUACAAUGGUAUAGAUUGGUCGAUGGAGAGAAACAUAUUAUAAAAGAAUCGUUAAAGUAUUCAGGAGGUACAGUCAAAGUGCCGUCACUUACCAUAACAAAUGUCGACGGAAAUGAUACAGGUUCAUAUAUCUUGAAUGCGCACAACAACUUUGGGGAAUGCUGGAGUGAGAAAGUGACAGUUGAAGGAGAAAUACCUCGGAUAACUCUUAAUUCUGAUGCUUCAGUGUUGUUUGGAAAAACAUUCACAAUUGUUUGUCUUCUAGAAUCAGGCAUACAAACUAUGAAUUGGUUUAAAGAUGAUUGUGAAAUUUCGUUGAACAAUAAACACUUCAUUGGCGGAAAACUUGAUUCGCCCCAUUUGACUAUCACUGCUGUUUCCAAAUCAGAUGAAGGAAAAUACACAUGUAAAGGUACUACUCAAUUUGGGACAACAAUCAGUAACACCAUAUCGAUAAUGGUUAUAUUUGACACACCCACAGUGACGAUUAACGAAAGCAACAUAUCGACCGAGGCUGGUGCAAGUAUACAAUUGACAUGUAGCAUUAUCAGCGAGCCCUCGAUUACUAGAAUCAACUGGUAUAAAAUGGAAAAUGGAAAAUCAACUCAGAUAUCCUAUUCAGGGAGACAUACAGGUGGCUCAAUUCAACAGCCAUUUCUCUCUAUUAUGAAUGCAAAUCCAAAUGAUAGCGGCGUAUAUUUUUGCGAAGUAGAAAAUAUAGCUGGAAAAGGACGUAGUAGAAAUAUACAUCUAGAAAUAAAAGAAGCUCUACCGGUAAUUUCUAUAUCAAAGAAUUUGGAAGGACGCGAAAAUCAGCCAGUCAAGCUUAUCUGUAAUAUUAAGUCAGGACUCCCUGUCCAGUCUUUACUUUGGUAUAAAGAAGUUGACGACAGACAAAGAGAAAUAUUUGAAAAUGGAAUAAAAUAUGAAGGUGGACAUUCUCGUAUCCCGGAAUUGACCAUUCUUCACUGUGAUAAAACUGACACUGGAUUUUAUAUUUGCCGCGUGGCAAAUUCUUUUGGGCAAUCUUCCAGUGAAAAGUGUUUCUUGCAGGUUUCUUACAAACCGGUAAUAACUGUUCCCUCAGAAAAGAAUGUCAUGGAUGGCCAAUCAAUCGAUAUAGAUUGUUCUGUCGAUGCCAAACCAGACAUUGAUAGUUUGCAAUGGUAUAGAUUUAUCGAUGGAAAAUUAAUUGAGCUGCAACAAACAAGCAAACAUUACACAGGAGGAAACAAACGAAAUCAUUCCCUAAGAAUCGUUAAUAUUGGCAAAGAUGACGAGGGAGCCUAUAGGUGUAGAGCUUCAAACAGUGUCGGAGAAUUUUUGAGUGAUAAAUGUCAAUUAAAAGUUUCCAGUAAGCCAAAAGUGCUGAUUGAGCAGAGUGCACUAUCCUGUACAAUUGGUCAGAGUAUAUCGAUAGAAUGUAGAAUACAAGCAGACCCUGCAGUGCAACAUGUUCAGUGGUUGAAAAAAGACAAAGGAAAAUUAACACAAUUAAAGCAAACAAAAAAUGAAACAUUUGAACACAGUAUUAAACCUUCAUUGACAAUUCGUGAUGUACAAACGACAGAUAGUGGGCAUUAUUUUUGUGAGGCAACAAAUAUCGCUGGUACAACAAAAAGUGAACCAAUAGUACUUGACGUUGCCACGAAUAUACCAGAUCCAAGCAUCAACAUUAUUGUUUUAGCAUAUAACAGAUGUAGUGUGUCAAUAUUCAAAGACCACAUUGUUGACGUUUCGAACACGUUGAAGGAAGUGAAUAAUAUUCAAAUUGCUGAUUUUAUUAUUAAAGAAGAACAUGACCAGCAAUAUCUAGAAACUUUAAAUAGAAAAAUUCCGUCUGCAAAACUAGUAUUUCUACUGCUGUCAAACGACUUCGUCGAUGAAGCAUGGCCGAAUGUAUCAGAUAUGUCAAACCUUUCCGAAUGUCUGUAUUCAAGAAACCCACCUAUAGUACCGGUAUAUUUAGAACCGUCCAUCAAACUUCCAAUGGGACUAAAAUCAUUGCAAUGCUUGUACCUCUAUAGAACAGAUAGUGCUUACAAAAAGGCUUUAGGGAAAUUGUUGCAGGGAUUGUUUUAGAACAAAGUAAUGCGUUUUUCACACAUUUCUUUUUUAUAUGGA